GUUUUACACUGAAAAAGAAGGAAAAAAAAACUCCUUUGGAAAACACAAAUAAUCAUUAAGAAGGAUUUUUGAAGCUGAAAACAUCUCAACAUGUGCCGAGGACUGGAACUCCUGCCCAUCACCUGCCUGGAGAGGGCGAAGGAACUGAGAGCUUUGUUUGGAAGUUUACUGCAGAAGUCCGACCACAGCAUCAGUGGACAGUCAAACAAAAGUGACAAAAUGAGGUUAAGUGAACUCAAUGAGCCUCUUAAAUGGAAGGAGUCAUUUGAGAAACUGCUGUCCAGUCAAAAUGGACUGUGCCUGUUCAGAGCGUUCCUGGUUUCAGAGUUUAGUGAAGAAAACAUCGCCUUCUACUUAGCGUGUGAGGACUACAGGGCAAGCAAACCUUCCAAACUGGCCGGCAAAGCGAAGAAGAUCUACGAGGAGUUCGUCUGCUCAGACGCACCACGAGAGGUAAAUCUUGACCACGUGACCAAAGCCAUCACCAAGGAGAACAUGGAGCAGCCCUGCCAGUCCUGUUUCAACCUGGCCCAAGCCAAAAUCUACACGCUGAUGGAGAAAGACUGCUACCCCCGCUUCCUCAAAUCCCCCACGUAUCUGGACAUGGCCAAAAAGACCAAGACAGGUUAAAAAAAAAAAUGAAAAAGAAGAAGCUUUUUAAUUAAGUGUGUGCCUCCUCCUGAGAGGGACAUGAAACCGACCCCCAAACUCACAGCCGAGGCUGGAGCCGGGCUCGGGUGGAGCAGACGCCUCGGAACGAGGAGCUUCACGAAGAGCCUUGGAGAUGUUUUAGGAGACUUUCAAAGAGUCUGCAAAGACCGGGAUCCAAGCUGGAAGUUAAAGCACUGUACGCCGACGUGAGAGGAGCGUCACUCGAGUUGACGUCAGCGUCUGAAAGCGACGCGUGCUGCUGCACAUGCAAGACUGGACGAGCGGCACCAGAAGAGAAAAAGUGAAUGAUUUACUGUCACACAACUAAACUACCACUGGGAGAGAUUCUUCUCUGUAGCAUGCGUGUUUAUUUAUUUAUUUACUAUUUAUUUAAAAGAUUUGCGAUGUGAUUGUUAUCUGUGCUGUUGAGAAUGUAUUGGUAUUUAAUAUGUUUUUUUUUUAAUCAAAGGUCUGUGUUAAAUGCAGUGAAUAAAAGUAAUCUAACAUGGAAGUUGACCAUUUUGUGUUGUAGGAAAUGUGAAGUAUUUAUAGAGAACCGUCAGUGUUACUGGGGGGGGUGGGGGGGUUGUCAUACAUGCUGUUUUUAGUGGCUAAGUGAAGCGUGACCUCUGUAAUUCCUCUUCACGGGUGUGUGACUGGAUGACUCGUUUUUUUCUGAGUCAGCUGGAGACAGGAAGUGAGAGCGCUGCAUGUCUGAGUCUGAGCUCAUCUGCUGUCACUCAUUAAAAA